GUAAUGUGUAAUAGGGUAAAAGCGUAAUCUGUUACUACUACUGUGACUGUGACUGUUUUUUGAGCCGGUAACUGUAACGAUAACUUGUUAUUUUCUAACCCACCCAAGUAGGCCUAGGCCUAAUCUGUGGAAAUCUAGAUACCUCUGCGUUUUUUUAAUGCAUUAAACCUACAUUCAAUUAAGUUAUUAUUAUAUUUCAGAUAAACAGUAAACACAAGUAUGUCCGAUAAUGAAUUUUCAGGAGCUGAUAUUGAUUUUGAAGAAACUUCAUUCCGGCCCCAACACAGGGCAUUAAGAAGUGUAGUCUGGGACCAUUUCACAGUGAUUGAUAGAAAGAAUCAAAUCGCCUCUUGUAAUGUCUGUGAGAGAAGGUUAUCCUACAGAACUACGGUCACUAAUUUGAAAAAGCAUGUUAUUAGAAAGCAUCCUCAUGGUGGAUUGUCUGAAGAUAAUGCCCACCCUAGAGCCAGUGUGAGUGCUAGAAAGAGAAUACCGGUAUCGGACAUCCGGAGAACAACAACAAAGGAUGAAUAUCAUCACAGAGAAGUAAAGCCCUUUGACAUCCGGAAAACAAAACUAACAGAUCUAGGGGGCCUAGAGGGACUAGUCCUCAACAUUGUUGGUGAGGACGGGGUUGUCUCGGAAAACGAAGGCAAUGAAGAGCAGAACUACAACAACACAGAAGAGGUUCAUGACCAAACUGCAACAGAUGACAACCAAGUGGAAAACUCACCUAGAAAAGAGUAUCGAGGUAGUAGAUCUCACCAAAUGGAUCCAUCUGAGAAAAAGAGGAGGGGUCGAAUAAUGGAUCUCCAAUUGGAAUGCUUGGAAAUAAAGAAAUAUAACAUGCAGUUGGAAUCUCUGAUGCUCGAACGUCAGCUGAACAUGUGCAGGUCAAUUUUCUCGGAACCUCUACGACACGCUGAUACAAUAUCUAAGGGUAUACAGACGGAUGUAGGAGGGGAGAAAACCAGAGUGUUUUAUUUGAGUGACAGAAAGGGAGGGGUACCUAAAAGACAUUUAAUUGCCUUGGAACAUGAUUCUGACUAAGUUAAUCUUAGUGAUUUAUACUAAAUAUACUGUAACUCU